AUGUGCGACGGGUCCACCGGCGUCGGAGUGGUGUCUCGACGCCAGGAAGCUAUAAAACAGGGUGCGACAGGUCUUCCGGCGUCGGAUUGUCGCUCAAUAACUUCGUGUGCGUGUCGCAAAAGAGCGUCGCUAUCUAUCGACAACGUCUAUUACACGUCGCAGGUGCUAGAUCCACAGUUCGACUCACAUUCGUUCGCACCACAUGUCAGCGAGUUAUUCCUCGGUACACACAGUGGAGGAGGAGGGUUCCAGGGAUGUGUUGGAACCUAUCGUUGGUCUAACCAGAACCUGCCUCUGCUUCGAGCAUCAAACCAGGCUAUUGAUCCGGGCAAUGAGAGCAUCGUUUCCAUUACGAAGUCGGAAGGAGUCUUCGAUGGAUGUAGCUUGCUUAUCACUUGCGCACAGCUACCGAUCGACUACUGUAGUGGUACUAUGGUUUGCAUGGAUUUCUGGAAAGGAGCUUUCUGUACAUGUCCUGAGGGAGCCAAGGCAAUGUUGGGUGAUGACGGACAGCUUGUUGGGUGUGGUGAAAUAUUAACUGUUACCAAACUUGGAAUUAGUAACUCUGCCAUUACCCUGGUUCUAGUUUCACUUCUUCUCUUCAUCAAGCUUGUAAUGCUCAUGGUGAUGUGUGCUCGUCAAAAAACCACUCCAUUUGAAACUGUUCGACUAGAGGAUUUCAGUCGUGACAACCUUCGACUGUAUUCCAUUGAAGGUGGAGGUGAAACAGAUAACGAUCAGCAUUCCACUGCGAAUCUCCAGAAACUGGUCAUCGACGGUAACGACGAUAGAUUACAAUCACACUUGCAUGAUCUCGAAUUAGAUCAAAAUGCUGCUCCAUUUGAUGAAGUCAAGAUCUACGGGGAUGAAAUAGAUACAGUUUCUGUUGUAACUCUUGGAUCGCUUGGGUCACUACUAGAUACAGAAUGGCAGCAGAAGUUUAACUGGGAAGCUCCUUUCAACCUUUACUUCAUUCCUCCGUAUGAUAUGUAG